UGGGCGGAAAUGACGUUUAGCGCAGAAGUAAAACAAGUGUCCACAAAAUUAUUUAUUGAUUUGAGUCACAAAGCGUAAUAUAGUGACUGAUUCUAUUUAAAACAAGGAUAUUAUAAGGUGUUGGCUAUUGUAAUACGUCGUUGAAUUUGUGGUUUUCUUAUUUAUUUGGAUUUAUUUGAUAAAUAGACAAACCGUAAGCGACAAAGUUAGUUUACGGCGCCAUAUUGUAUUUCGCCUAAAUAAAAAUAUAGGCUAUAAAUAAAAACUAAAACUGAUCAGAACAUGGCGAAAAAGACGUAUGAUCUUUUAUUUAAGCUGUUGUUGAUCGGUGACUCCGGUGUUGGAAAAACAUGUCUACUAUUUAGGUUUUCAGAUGAUGCAUUCAACACAACGUUUAUCUCCACAAUAGGUAUUGAUUUUAAGAUAAAAACGGUAGAAUUAGGUGGAAAGAAAAUAAAAUUACAGAUCUGGGACACAGCAGGGCAAGAGAGAUUUCACACAAUAACAACAUCUUACUACAGAGGAGCUAUGGGAAUUAUGUUAGUUUAUGAUAUAACAAAUGGAAAAUCUUUUGAGAAUAUUUCAAAAUGGUUGCGAAAUAUAGAUGAACAUGCUAAUGAGGAUGUAGAAAAAAUGAUACUAGGUAAUAAAUGUGACAUGGAAGACAAGAGACAAGUACCAAAAGAUCGAGGCACUUCGAUUGCUCAAGAACAUGGUAUACCAUUCUUAGAAACCAGUGCGAAGGCAAAUAUAAAUGUAGAUAAAGGUUUUAUGGAGCUGGCACAAGCAAUAUUAAAUAAGACACCCGGUAGAGACACAGAACCUAAAGGUGUGGAUAUUCAUAAACAAGAAACAGGCAGUAGAAAGUGCUGUUAGAUAUAUUUAGACAUCUAUAUUCAAAUUAAAAGACUUUGAUUUUUCUUCUUGUGCAUCAUCUUAUCUGUUGUCAUGACGAUAUCAUUUUCUGCUUUGCCUGAUUGUGAGUGAAGUCUGCAGUAUAGGCAUCAUGUAUCGUCAUCCUUCAGAUAAAAAAAAAAUCUUCUAAAAAAAAAAAUCUAGUUGUAUUUGUAUGACUAAAACCUAGCUUGGUGGUUGGUAUGAAUGCUUUAGUUUACACUGUAGAAGGACCAUGUGUUGAGCUGCAGUGUUUCAUUGCAUUUAUUAUUUUCUUAUUCAAACAAAACAACCACUGUUGUCGGUUCCAGUACUCUCCUAUUGUAAAGUUAUUAUUUACAGUGCGGUGAGAGACAUUGUGUUUAGUGCUAAUGUUGGGAAUAAUAUAUUUUGUCACCUAUUUUUGCCAACUAAAGUAAAAAUUAAUUAUUGAAUGAAUUGGUUACCGUACGACAUGGAUAUUAAAAUGUACAUGAACAUUCAGUCCUUAGCUUGACUUACUAAGUAGCAUUUACAAGUUAAUAAAAUAUAUUAAAACAUUCAAGUUGAUUUCUAAAACUGUUCAUAUAAAAAAAACCUAAUUAGAAUUCAAUUUGAUGACAGUAUAUAUUAUAUUAAGAGACUGUGAAAAUAGUUUUUAUUAUAAACUAUUGUUUGUGAUUUAACUAUGAAUGUCGCAAACAAUUUGGUUUUUGUUUUGUAUUUUUUCAGCUUGUAAAUAAUACAUGUAUAAUGAAAUUUUUAUUACAUAAAACAUAUGUGAUGUGUAUUCCUAAUACAAAAAAUGUAGAUUCCAAAAUGAAGCCUUGUAUUAUAAGCUACACUGUAGAAAUUAUAAGAAAUCAAUUCAUUGUAAUCUAUUUAAUCCAUGUCAGAUUUUCUCAACAGUCAGAAAAUUUAGUUUGGAGAUAAAUAAAAUUUACUAACAGGAGCAAGAAAUGAAAAAGCUGUUUAGAGUAUAGCAUUUUUUAGAUGGAACUUUAACAACUUCUGCUUUUUCUUCUGAAAAUCAAUUUGAAGGCUUCAAAGAACACUUGCUUCCAACUAUUGUGAAAUAUUGAAUGUUAAUUUACAUUCAAGAUUUGUAAAUUAAAUAUUUGCUCUGCACAAGCAUGUAGAUAUAUUAAUACCCAAAUAUUGUGUUCUUCUUUUCUAACACUCAUUAGUUUCCUUUGAACAUAUUACAAGGUUUAUCUUAAGGCAUUCUUGAGAAGAAGUUAUUGACAUAUUAUUGUCGGUAUAUCUAUAUGCAUGAGCAUAUAAACCCAUUUCAUUGUCUUGGAGAAUGCUUGCAUAAUCUUGUGCCUAAAUUUUAUUAAAGAAAAGUUAUUCUUUAAAACAGAAGAUGUACUAUGUUUUGAAAAGGGAAUGAUCUGUCCAAAUUAUUUUUAAAAACUAGGAUACUAAUAAUAAUAACUAGAAGUUAGAACAGAUUUUUUUGUAGUUUCUGCAUCUCGGUGUAAGCCCAAAUGUCUUACACAGAAAGAAUGUGUGUAUUCUCCCCAAAAGGUCUUUUUAUACCCAUAAUUCAACAUCAUUGAAUGACUUGUUACACAUCAUUUGUUUUUAAACUAUCUGAUGUGGCAGAUGACAGUUGUUGAGUUUUUACCAAAAACCCCACAGGAUUAAGAGAAUAGGGAGUUUUACACUGAAGCACAAAUUAAUGAUACAUGAUACUGAUUAUCUUAAUCUUACAUGUUAUCCUAAAAAUACUAAAAUUUGAAUAUAAUAAACAUUUUCUCAAAGUAAUUUAAACAUACAGCAUUGAGAGGCCCCAAAACCAAAAAGGUCUUAAAAGAGAUUAAGGAGGAGCUUAUAAUUAUAAGCUAAAGAUGAAAAUUAAGAUAAAUUAAUAAAACUGGUAUUUUGUAUGUAUUGGUGCAUGAUAGUUUAUUUAUUUUAUUAAAGCAGAGAUGUAUACAGUAUUUAUUUAUAGAAUAUAGUGAUGACUCACUCUAUAUGAAUCUUUAAUGACAUUUGCAUACAGUUUUAUGGUUUAUGUAUUAAUAUUUUAUAGCUUUCAGUCGUUGACAGUUUGAAUAGCAGUCUCAUAGGGGGUGAUCGAUUGUCAGUCUAGAACGUUUCAAAUUGACAGAAUUGCAUUUGAGUGAUUCGGAAUUCAGUCAUGUCACAGUUCUGUCAAUCCCGACAAUGGAGGUGGUGUGAGUGGAAUUGUGACAUAAUUAAACCUAAUGAAUACGUUUAAACUGUCAUGGUUGGUUGAGAUAUUUUCUCAUGCACUCAGCACAUGCGUUCUAGCCCCAAAUACCAUUUUCACUCGAUUGUCACUAUUUUUGGGUUUGAUAGAGUUCAAUUCCAAAACAUUCAAUCAAGCAUUCCCUUAAUCAAUUAAUAAAGGGAGGUAACUUUAGUAGUCCUAAUUAAUAGGUCUUCUGUAUUAAAAAUGAAGUGUCAUAGAAUUAUCCUGUGGAAAUCUGAAUCAUUACAUUUGUGUAAUAAAUAAUUUGGUAUAUAUAUAUAAAAAAAAAACCUCCUGUUAAAUUACGAUUUUAGAAAUUUUUAUAUUUGAAUUUGGAGUCGAAAUUUAUUAGGCCUAUAAUAUAUCAUCAAAUUAAAAAAAUAAGAAUAUGUAGUUAAGUAAUAAAUGUAACUUUGAUUCUAACUUUAAUAUAAAUAAAUAUUUGUGCAUUAUUUUUUAACCCACUGUGAAUGAUUUCCAUCUUUCAGAUAAAAGAUAGGCUAAUAUUUAUUAUAAAAGUAAGCUUAUAUGGUAUUGUAAUUUUUAAUGACAUCACAUUUUAAAUACAUUUUCACCCAAAACAUGGUGGCUGCUGGUUUUGGAAUGAUCUGGGUUUGGGCCACAGACUAUGGAAUGCCACAUUACACGUAAUAUUACAAACUAAAACUAGAUUUAGUUUUUUUUUUGUUAGGGAGAUAUGAGAUAGUUUUGACAUAAUAUAAGUUCUACAACAUUUAUAUUAAGUAAUGAAGAUUUAUGUAAAAAUCUUGUGAGGAUGUGUUUUCUUUGGGUUUUUUUAAAAAAAAAAGAAAAAAAAUCCUUGUCUUGAUCAAAACUGUUUCUUACAACAUAGUCUGAGGAAAUUGCUUGUAUCUCCCAUAGUUUAACUAAAUAUGAACAAAUUUUAUUUUCUUGUCUUACUACAAAUUUGGUAUUUGACCUCGCGUUCUGAAUGAAUAUAUUUAAGGAAUUUCAUCAAUAUUUUCUUUUAUCUUUUUCUUCAUAUUGUGUAAAGUAUGAUUUAUUUAUUUUCAAAAGUGAAUAGAUUCAUUUGGAUUUUUGGAUAAUGAUUUUAUUUUCUUAAUAUAAAACAUAAAAGACAUUUUGCACAAUUAUCAUUGAAGUACUUGUUCGUAUUUAACAGGGUGAUUGAAGUGAAAUUAAAACAUUCAAUAAGAAAAUUAACAUUUGGUUACUGAUUUUAUUCUUGUGCUUUAGUCAUUAUGUAUUUAUCAUUUAAUAUUAUGCAUAAAGAACACAAUUGUACAUUAAAAUAUUUAAGAGAAAAAAUAUGAAGGCUGUUGAUUUUAUAUCCCAAUAAGAAAUAAAUUGGCUCAUUUCAUAGCAGACAAA